AUGGAGAGGGAUUUUUCUACUAUCUUGACUGCAGCACAGAAGCUUAAAACAUGUUCUCAGUGUGAAGAAGGAAUUUUAUACCUCUGCAAAACCUGCAGCGAGGGUCUUUGUAAAGACUGUGUACAUCACCACGUGUCUAGAUUAGGACACGUUCAGCACUCGAUAGUUCUGUACAGAAACAAGAACUCGGAUAUGGUCUUCCCGUCCUGCGACAAGCAUCCUAGCUACAAACUUGAUACUUUCUGCAGACGAUGCCGCGUCCCACUCUGUCUUGAAUGCUGGAUUUCCUGUAGAAAACAUGAUAAUCACCAAUUUGGCUACUUGAAAGAGUUCAUAGAUUUAAAGCAACGGGAAAUUAUAUCAGGAAUGAAAUAUCUGGAAAAUGUUAUUAUCCCAGCACUGAAAGCCCAGGUUAUUUCUAUAGGAACAAAACUUAAAGUGGAAAGUAAUAAAUAUGGCGGUGCAAUAAAGAACGCAGAGGCAUCGGAAUACAAUAUUCUUAAUGAGGUACAGGAAAUAUUCUCGGAAUUGAAGACAAGAAUGCAGCUUAAUAAAGAGAAGUCAUUGUCAUUGCUUCGAAAUCAAACGGUUUAUGUAGAAGAUGCUCUCAAAACAGCGUUGAAGAUGGUUCAUAGGAGCUCUAUGAUUUAUUCAAAAGACGAUUCCAAUUUAUCAGAAAUGUUCGAUUUCGUCAAACAAAUUCAAGAAACAAAAUCAAUGCUUCCCGAUCUUCAUUCUGGAGAUCUGAAUCGCCUUCAUCAUCCAAUAAUUGUCAAUGGUAAAUCUCUUCGACUUGUUCAGCACGUUUGUAAUAAUGCAUUUGAAAAUCUCUCAAUAGAAACUUGCCAAACCUCUUUAAAGAGAACGUUUUCCUACCACAAUUCAGACUUGUUGAACAAUGCCGUGCUUAUAAGAACAAUAAAUACCGGACAGAAAAACAUUCUGCGUUUCGUGUAUUGGGAUUCGACACUGUGGUUGUGUUCUCUCAAGAGUACAAUAUGCCAACUAAAAUUAGUCUCUGGAAAUUCAUCACUCAGUCUUUGUAAGGAAAUCAUGUGUCCAGAUAUGCCUCAGGACAUUACAGUAAGCGGCGAUGAACUUUUCUAUAGUUGUUGGCAAGAAGGAAUCUUCCGUGUGAAAGAUGGAAAAUCAAAAAUGUAUCUAUCUAUUCCAAACUGGAAUGUGGAAGGUUUGUGUGGAACUAGAACAAACGGACUUCUGGUUUGUAUGUCGAAUUCAGAGCUACAGGAAGUCAAGAUUGUCCGCUUUGAGCCUUCUCUGGACAUUGAAAACAUUAAGUUAACACAGGAAAUACAAUACCAUGAAGACAAAGAUCACCCUUUAUUUCAGUUUGGAAAUGAACGACUUUUUGUCGCAGAAAAUAAAAACGGAGAUAUAUGUGCUUCAGAUACCAACGCUGAUGCGGUCAUUGUAGUCAACAGAACAGGACAAUUUCGAUUUAAAUACCAAGGAAGGAAAGUAAUUCACAAAACAUUAUUUAAACCAGAUCAAAUCAUCAAAGAUUCUUUUUGCAAUAUUAUUGUAAGUGACUACUUUAACAAUUGUUUGCAUAUUCUCGAUCAGAACGGAUCGUAUGUAAAUUGUGUGAAGGAGUGUGAAUUAGAUAUACCGGUGCCUUUGGACUUGGACGAUGAUGGGAAUCUCCUGGUAGGAAUGUAUUUAUCGGGACAGAUGAAAGUCAUUAGGUAUCGCAACAGUUAA